AUGUCCUUCAAAUCAUCCUUAUCUGCAGCGUCUUUUUUGGCUGUGGACAGCGGAUUGGGAAAUGGAACAGACAGUUCCACUGGAUCUCUAGACUUACAGUGCAUUCGUAAUUGCUUGAAAGAUCCUAUUAUUACAAGGAAAUAUCAGGAUAUUGAAAUACUAGAUGGAGGGGGGUUCGGUAUAGUUUAUAGUGCCAAACUCAAAGUAGGAGGAGGAAAGCGUGCACUGAAAGCAAUACCUGUUCAUAACAAGAACUAUGAAAAAGCCAUCCGAGAAGUAGAGAGUCUUGAGACAUUAAAGCAUGACAACAUAGUCCGUUUUUAUGAUUGUUUCUUAGCAGAAUACGAAGAAAGUGAUGGCACGGUCGAUGAUGAUGGGGGUGUUGAGUUUGAAAAAGAAGAAGAUGAUGAAGCAAUUUCGUGUAUUUCAAAAGACACUUGUCUCAUUAUAGUUACGGAGCUUUGCACACAAAAUCUGAAAUCGCUUUUGCUGAGUGGAGAAAAAUUCGAUAAAAAGAUGAUUUCUUUAAAUAUUUUGGAUGGUUUACAAGCAAUUCAUGCUCAAAAUAUUAUUCAUCGGGAUCUGAAACCAAGUAAUGUUCUCAUUGGCACCAAUGGAGAGGCGAAAAUUGGGGAUUUUGGAUUGUCACGCUUCUUUGAAAUUAUUUUAGAUGACGAUGAACAUUCAUCUGGUAAGAAAACAUUAUCUGGAAACUGUGGAACACCUUUGUACCAAGCACCUGAAAUGAAAUUGAACGGCACGUACGAUAAAAGAGUCGAUUAUUUCAGCUUAGGUGUCGUUUUCUUUGAACUCUUUUUGAAUAUCAAAACAGCGAUGGAGAUUGAAAAGCUAAUUGAGAGUUUCAAACAGUUAGAGACCGCAAAAUCCAAGAUUCACGAUGAAAUCAUUGAUAAUGAGAACAACAAAGCUCAUUUAGAAGUUUUGAAACACAUUCCAGAAAAGAUCGGAGAGACCAUACAGGGUUUACUUAAACAUGAGGCAACAUCUCGCAUAGAUCUGGAAAGGGCAAAGAUAUUGUUGACUGAAGUUACAUCUGAGGAAAUUGAGGAGCUCUCCACAAAGUUAAAGAAGGAUCAACAGUGAUCAGGCAAUCUGCAGUCAUAACUAAGGCAAAGUCGUUGAUCAACAAAUAUUAUUUAAGUUAUUAAUUUUGUUUCCUGUACUUAUGAUGGCUUCCUUUUGCUUUCGAUGAAAUUUUCUGAUACAGACUUAAAACACUAAUAACGCUUGAACU